AUGAACGUGGUCCAUCUCAAAGAUAGGACAGAAAUUGUCGGCAAUAUUGAGGGAGACGAAAAACCGGCGUCCAAUACAACUGUUACAAUUCAGACACGCGACGAUAGAACCGCCACCGUUUCAAGUGAAGAAAUCGCUAAUAUCGUUGAGCGGAAGCCGGUGAUUUUCUACCUCGAUCAGUUUGACAUUGAUAUGUCGCUCUGUAUGUACUGCGGACUUUGUACCGAAGUUUGUCCAACAGAGUGCCUGAUUAUGUUCGAUAAUCUUAGCGACGGGGUUGAGUACUCGACCUUCGAUCGGACAGACCUGAUUUACGAAUUUGCGAAACCAGAAAUGUAUGAGCAACCGGCUGAUGAAUCCACUGAGGCAGAAGCCGCAGACUAA